AUGUCGCUGUCUCCGUCCCGUUCUCCACGAGAUCCCGUCCGCCGCGUACAACACCGAGUUCUGCUGAAUCUGCCGCUCCGCCAGGUUCGCCAAUCUAAUCAGCGCACACCUCUCAUCCCCACUCAAGGUCCGCUGGCGGUUCAUGGAGCCACGGAUGAAGAGGACUUGGUGCUGAUCAGCUACGCCCAACCACCACUUUACCACGCCACCACCAGUCUGCUGAUCCAGCAACUCACAUGGGGGGAGAUAUUACCCUACUAUCUUCCCUGUCUUCUGUGGAUCCCUCUGUACCUGUGGCUGUGCUUCUGGGGCGAUUUAAUUGGUGGGCUUACCCUCGUGUUCUUUCAGCUUCCGUUGGCACUUAGUUAUGCUACUACUUUGGCUAAGGUCCCCGUGCUACUGGGUCUUUACUCGUUAGCAAUCUCCCCCUUGAUCUACGUGGUAUUUGGAAGUGUACCACAGAUGGUGGUUGGGCCUGAAGCUCCCAUCUCUUUGGUAGUGGGUCAAGCAGUGGAGCCGCUAUUGCACCAUUCGAAAAAGGACCCACUCACGUUCGUUUGCGCCAUUACGUUCGUGCUGGGGGCUACAUUACUUGGGUUUGGCCUUGGCCGCUUUGGUUUCCUAGAUAACGUGUUACUGGCACUGCUUCUCAAAGGAUUCAUUUGUGGUGUGGGUAUCGUUAUGUGUAUCAACUCCACCGUGGUAAUGCUUGGCCUUGAAAAACUUUUGGAAGAAGUAUCGGAUGAUCCUAAUCAAAUGGAUAUUCACUCGCCCUUCUCGAAAUUGAUGUUCAUUUUCCAUUAUUGGAAGCAUUACAAAUCGCUUUCGCUCAAAAUUCUGGCAACUGGCUUCAUCAUUAUUAUGGUUAUUCGCUCCCUCAAGAAGCGGGCCGCUAAACUAGCUCGAAAACAUCCCAAGUACAAAUACGCCGUUUACUUCCCGGAAAUCAUGAUUGUGUUUGUGGCUGCAACUGUACUUUGUGGUCAUUACCGUUGGGAUAAGCAGGGAAUCAACAUUAUUGGGAAGGUUAAGAACCUGGAGCUGCUCACGCUUUUCAAUCCAUUGACUCGUGACGAGUUCAAAUUGGCAAGGCAACUCUCCACGCUGGGGUUCAUGUGCGCUAUGCUUGGUUUCUUCGAAAGUACCACUGCGUCAAAGCUGCUUGGCCUGACCUAUGAUUUGCCGAUUCUGUCUAACCGUGAAUUGGUUGCACUUGGAUUCAUUAAUCUUGUGAACCUGGUAUUCGGCGCAUUACCGGCCUUCGGUGGUUAUGGUCGACUGAAAAUCAACGCCAUCACUGCUAAAACAACCAUGCUGGCGGGUUUUAUGGGGCUUUUCACCUUCGUUGCUAUUGUGGGAUGCCUCAAAUAUUUCUACUUCGUCCCCGAAUGUAUUCUUCUGGUGAUUUCAGCGGUGAUUGGUAUUUCCCUCAUCGAAGAAGCCCCUUAUGAAGUGUACUUUCACGUCAUCAGUCGUGGGUGGCUGGAGAUCAUCACAUUCGCUCUCACAGUUAGCGUCACGCUUUUCUUCUCCAUGGAGGCUGGUAUCGCCAUUGGGCUCGUGUUCUCUCUCAUCAGAGUGAUCAAGCACCUGGCGAAACUGCGUAUUCAAAUUUUGGCACGAGAACCAGGCACCGAUCAAUAUACUGAUGCUGACAUCCCAACGUCGAUCUCGUUUUCUCCUGACUUUUUCAAUGACAGCAAUCUCACCCGGCUCAACAAACAAUUACUUGAAGAAGUCGAGGGUUGCAUGAUUGUCAAAAUUCCUGAGCCGCUUACCUUUACCAAUUGUCAAGAUCUUCGUGCCCGAUUGCGAAGAGUGGAGAAUUAUGGAUCUACUGUUGCACAUCCUGCUAGCCAUGCCUCUCGAACCGCUAAUGCUGUUCCCUAUAUCAUUUUCGAUCUUAAUGGCAUGACAAGUAUUGAUUCUCUGGCGGCACGAAUUCUUGUUGACUUGCUUGAAAGCUACACUACCCAGCGCCGCUACGUUUUCUUUGUUCGAGUUUCGUCUAAUCCUCGAGUUCGCCAGCGACUCGACGACAUUGGGGUUCCGCGGUAUUUGAACAACACUCUUUUCCAGCUUGGGUACUACCAGAAUUGGCCCGAUGAUGGGCAGGGAUUAAUCGAACUGCACACAGCGCCGUAUUUCUCCCACAUUUCCGAUGCAUUACUUGUUAUAGAUCAUUAUCAGCAGUCUUAA